GAUCAUCAUGAAGGUGCUGUUUGAAGUUUUGGUUGUGUGCCUGUUUACUGGAGCGCUGCAUGUUGCAGGGGCAAACACUCAACCUGAAGAGAUGCGUCUCAGUGAAGACGAGCAGCACGUGGCGAGAAGGUACGCUGAGUCGGCCAUCGCCAGCGAAAUCAGCAAAAUCAUGGAUUCAAUGGUGCAGAAAAACUUUGUGGAUUUCUUGCUCACUCAAAGGCAGAAAAAAAGCGAGUUGGCCACUGCGGAGGAAGAUCCAGAGCAGCGCCUGCACAACGAGCUGCUGAAGCUCAGUCAGCGUGAGACGCAGAAGAGAAACAUCUAGGAUCCAAAAAGGUGCAGAGGCACUGUGGAAAAUCAUCAUCAUCAUCUUCUGAUCUUUCCUUUUGACAUUUUAAAAGUUUGGAUAAAGUGUAGUGUGUGAUUUUCUGUGUAGUGUAAAGCCACCUUGUAUAAGACAAAUCAUCACACAACAAAAUAAAAUGACCUGAGAUUGAGUUACAACA